AUGAAAGUGAACGUGCCCUCAUCCUCCUCUUCCUUGUUCGUCGUCUUCCUCCUUGCGCUUCUAGCCUCAGCAGCCACCCACACGGAGGUGCAAGCAGACCGCAUCGACCCACUGCUUCCUUUCUGCAAGACCAUCAGCAGUGGGAGCCACGACGACCGGAGCCGCGACGCCGGGGGCUACAGCGCCCUCUCCAUCAUCGCCAUCGACCUCCUGGCGGCCAACGCCACCAGCACUGGGGCAAAGAUCGGCGGCCUGCUCAAGAAAGCCGGCGGCGGCAAGUAUGAUGCAACGACGAUGUACCUGCAGUCAUGCCAAUCGGUGUACACCAGCAUAGUGGGUUUGAUGCCUGGUUGCGCCGCCGCAAUCAAGGGCGGCGAGUUCGAUCGGGCGGCGUUGAUCUUGGAGAGAGCGGCAGGCGCGGUCAAGGGGUGCGAGGAACUGUUCCGCGACCACAAUUUGACGUCGCCAUCGACGGUGGAGGAUGACUCCGCCUUCAAGCUGGCCAAGCUUGCUGUGGCCCUGAUUGGUGCCGCUAGCUGA